UUUUAUUUGUGCUUAUUGCAUUCAAGUUUUAAUCUUUACUGAUAGGACUUAUAUUUAUGAAAUUAAAAAUUAUUGUAAAUUCUAUGAUAAAAUGAUUGAGAAUAAUAAGUACAAAUAAAAGGGAAAAGAUAACAUCAAUAAUUGUUGAAAUAUCAUUACCUUUCUUUUGUCUCCACUUGAUUUCGUUCAAACUUUUAGCCACAAAGAGCAGCCGAGAGAAGGCUAUCCAUAAACACAAUAAUUCUCAGUUUGGCAGGCAAGAGAUCAAGGGAAGAGGAGAUGGCUGAUCAGGCAACUGCAGCUCAUAGCAGUAGCAGGAAAAACAGAUGGUCACUUCAUGCCAUGACUGCUCUUGUUACUGGUGGAACCAAAGGAAUCGGGUAUGCUAUCGUAGAUGAAUUAGCUGCACUGGGAGCAAGAAUACACACCUGCUCACGAAAUGAAACUGAUCUCAACAAAUGCUUACUUGAUUGGGACGCAAAGGGUUUCCAGGUUACUGGUUCAGUCUGUGAUGUAUCAUCUCAGGCCCAAAGGGAGAAGCUAAUAAACACUGUCUCCUCUGAAUUUGGUGGAAAACUUAACAUCCUGGUUAGUAAACAUCCAUUCUCAUUCUUUCUUUUUUCUGGUAACUCUCAUUCUGCAUAUUGUCCCGACUCCUGAGUUCUGCUAAUGAGACGACAUUUGUGGUU